AACUGUAUAUUAACAAAACCCUAGUAUCCUUUCCCUCUUCCAUUUUGCGUCGCCGUUUCCUCAGAAACAGAGAGAUAGAGCGAAGAUGAAGUACAACAAGAGAGUGACGAGCUCCAGGCGGAAGAACAGGAAGGCGCACUUCACAGCGCCGUCAAGCGUUCGGCGCGUCCUGAUGAGCGCGCCACUCUCGGGCGAUCUACGCAGCAAGUACAACGUGCGGUCGAUGCCGGUGCGCAAGGACGAUGAGGUCCAGGUGGUGCGUGGAACCUACAAGGGCCGCGAGGGCAAGGUGGUCCAGGUGUACCGCCGCAAGUGGGUCAUCCACAUCGAGCGGAUCACCCGUGAGAAGGUCAAUGGAUCCACCGUCAACGUCGGCAUCAACCCGUCCAAGGUUCUCAUCACCAAACUCCGCCUCGACAAGGACCGCAAGUCCCUGCUUGACCGCAAGGCCAAGGGCCGCGCCGCCGCCGACAAGGAGAAAGGCUCCAAGUUCACCGCUGAAGAUAUCAUGCAGACCGUCGAUUAAGUUGGUGAACCGCUUUCAGUUGGCUAGAAGAGUUGUCUUUUUUUAUUAUAGUAUUAUUUUUGUUAGUCUUGGUACUUAAAGGACGAGUAUUUUUGAAUGUUUUCGAAUGGAAUGUGUUGGAUCUGAAUAUUUUAGGGUUUCUAUGAGACCUGGAUUUUGUGGUUUUAAUCCAUUCGAUGUUUCUGAGUUUUUCUGGUAAUAAUUAUCUUUUGGUUUGCUUUAA